AGUUUAUCAAUUAUUAGUUCAAUAGUAAUUUAUUCGGUUAUUCAAUUCAAUGUACACUUUAACCAUUGGAAACGUUUAGGAAUUGCCGGACCCAUACCUAUGCCAAUCUAUGGCCACUAUUUGCAUACUAUAUUCAAUCAUCAUUAUAAACUAAUGUUAUCAUGGACAAAUAAAUAUGGAUCGGUUAUUGGGACAUACCGUUUUUCUAGACCUGAGCUAAUCAUAUCGGAUAGGUUGGCCAUUAACCAGAUAUUAAGUUAUAAUAAAUCAAAAUUCGGUAGACUUAGGGAAUGGUAUCUAAUGAAACAUUUGACUGAUUAUAAAAAAUAUUUUUUCGAUCACAACAAACAUAGUUUUCAAUUGAUUGAUAAAAUAUUUAAAGGCGAUAGACUUAGACAUUAUGAACAAUUAUCUAGCAAUGGUUGCCAACAAUAUGCUAAUGAUUUGGCCAAUCAUAUCAGGAAUUUAAAUCCAACUAAUCCCGCUAAUCCUACUAAUGCUAAUCCUAAUGCCAAUCCUAAUGCUAAUACUAAUGGUAUUCCUAAUGGUAUUCCUAAUGGUAUUCCUAAUGGCAUUCCUAAUGCUAUUCCUAAUGGUAUUCCUAAUGGUAUUCCUAAUGGUAUUCCUAAUGGUAUUCCUAAUGCUAUUCCUAAUGCUAUUCCUAAUGGUAUUCCUAAUGCUAAUCCAAUUAAUCCCAAUCCAACUAAUCCUAAUCUACUAAAACAAAAAUAUGGUCUAUCAAUGGGCAAACUAGACAUCCGAUUAGUUAUCCGGGAAUUACUAAUGAAUCUACUGAUUGAACAAUCGUUUGGCCAUAGUUUUCAUGAAUUAGGUCUAUCCCCCGAUAAAUUUAGGGAUAGUAUGCCCCGAUUCAAUAGGAAUCGCCGUAUAUUGAUGUCGACAAUGCUAGUACCCAGGCUAAUCAAACCGUUGAUGUCCAUCUAUGGUCGGCUGUUUGGCGAAACUCAACGUUAUUUUAUCGAUAGCCUACAUAAGCUGAUCCAGCAUAGACGACUGGCCAAUCAAUUGGACAAUAAUAAUAAACCGAUGGAUUUUCUACAAUAUUUUCUCGAUUAUCAGUACACUAAUAAUGGUUCAAAACCAAUGUAUUUGACUGACAAUGAAAUUGUUAGCGCAUUUUAUGUCAGCUAUUUGGCCGGUUAUGAAACAAUGACAAUGGUUUUGGUUAUGUCUAUCUACGAGUUGGCCCGUAAUCCUGAAAUACAAAACCGAUUGUUUGGCGAACUAACUGAACUGAAUAAUAGUAAUCUAACUAAUAUGCCUACCGAUACUAAUAUGGACGACACCAACAGUAUACUACAGUUGCCGUAUCUGAACGCCAUUAUUCACGAAACUAUACGUAUGAAUCCGUUUUUCAUUGGCAACCGUCGGGCCCUAGAAGAUGUCCAUUUGCCGGAUGUAGGACUGACCGUACCGAAAGGUAUGGACGUCGAACUGGCCUUCAUAGCCAUGUACUACAAUCCGGAAUAUUUUCCCGAUCCGUAUGUCUACAAUCCGGAUAGGUUUUUGUCGCCCGCAGUCGACAAACAAACCCCGAAUACGUUUAUGCCGUACGGUUACGGUAAGGCUAUAUGCGUUGGCCGACGGUAUGCUAAAGUAGUGUUGAAUCAUGUGUUGGCCAAACUUGUCCAGCGAUUCCAGUUCGAGACAAUACCCGAAACAGAAAUACCGUUUAUGUUUAAUAGAUGUCCGGAUAUUUUGUUACCGAAAUCUAUUGAACUUAAUUUUCGGAUUAGAAAUUGA